GAAUUCUCCAGCCGAACGGCGCUAUUCUCUUUUCUCCUGGUAAAAUCAAUCAAUGGCCUCGUCUUCUUCUAGAAGCAAAUCGAACGUUUCAGGAUUCAGCCAUCAAUUCCAGCGAUCAGUUUCGCCGUCCGAUCGGUUCUGUUCAUCGUCGAUAUCAUCGCCGUCGUCGGCCUUCGCGGCCCGACGAUCCGGUGGUGUAAUGGAUCGCUCCGCGUCCCCGACCCGGGUGAAUCUCCGCCGAUCCGUCUCGCCGUCGCCGUCCGUCCGAUUCUACACAUCCUCCGACCGUUCGAUUGUGGUGACUCCCAGACAGCAGCGGCAGAACAGCCGCCGCACGUUCCCGCCGAAUCAGAAGAAGACGUGCAUGUGUUCUCCGACGACUCAUCCCGGAUCGUUCCGGUGCAGCCUUCACAAGGGAACGCAAUUCGCGGGCCACCAGCAGACGCAGUACCUGUCGAGCCAGUUGAACAUGCGGCGGUCGGCGAUGAAGAAUUCUCUGGUGAGGAUCGGCACCGUGGAGGGUGAUUUGGUGAAGCGAGCCCUCGCCGCCCUAAUUCGGCCGUCGUCGCACAGCCUCCGCCGCCGUACCGACUUCCAGCCGCGGCCUAGUCGGUUGUCAAUCAUGUCCAAAUCCGAUGACUCGUGAGGCGGUUGAACGUUCUCCGCGAAGUACAGUUACGGCGGAGGUUUUACACCGCCGGCUCGCGCGGCUCUAUAAUUUGCGCCGUCUCAGGCGAGGGAACCCAUCCCCUGUUUUCCAGACCACGGUGCCUAAGGGUACACGU